GUUACUGAUGUAGAUAAGGAUUCAACAAGCAAAGUUGGGUGUGUCGGUAAUUUUCCUUCGAAAUAUUUACUGUACUGAAGAACAUCAGUCAUAAUAUAAAAUGCAUGCAAAAUGUUGGCCAGUCGCAGUAGCUGUCAUUCAUCCAAAUAUCGGAGGUUGGGCCGGAAGCUAUUUUACUAAAAAAAAUAUUAAACCCUGGUAUGAGUCUUUAAAAAGACCAACUUGGACUCCACCAAACUGGGCAUUCGCACCAAUAUGGACAACCAUUUAUUGCACAAUGGGAUAUUCUUCAUAUUUAGUAUGGAGAGAUGGUGGUGGUUUUAGAGAAGCAAUAGUACCACUUUCUAUUUAUGGAACUAAUUUAAUAUUAAAUUGGUCUUGGACGCCAUUAUUUUUUGGACUACACAAAAUAAAAUGGGCUUUGUAUGAAAUUGUUUUAUUGUGGGGAAGUACUGUAGCAAUGGGUGUGGUAUUUUACAAUGUGAAUUCACUUGCUGGAUGUUUGACUGUUCCAUACUUAGCAUGGACUACUCUUGCUACAGCAUUAAAUUAUGUAAUUUACAGAGAUAACAAACCAAGCAUUGAAGUAGCUGCAGAUGGAAAGAAAGAAUAAUUUAGUAAAUAAUACUAAUGUAGCAAACAAAAUUAACAUAGAUCACCUAAUGAAAACAAUGCUUUACUUCUUUUUCUUACAGUUAUGGUAUCACUAUUAUUUAAUAAGAAAUGUGCCUUGCAUU